AUGUCAAUUUCCAGAUCAUCUUCCAUAUCACAAUCAAAUUUAAAUGCUCCAAAGACAUCAUUAAUUAUAUCCAAUUUGCAUAAAGAUGAUUUUAUAAAAAUCUCAAACAAUGAAGAACCAAAAUUAAUAACUAAAUCAUUAUCAUUAGUUGAUCAAAUUAAAUUAAGUGUAUUAAAUAGUAGUGAUGAUAUAAUUCAAUAUAUAACUCAUUGGUCAAAUUUACCUUUUUUAUAUCGUAUAAUAAUUAUAUUCAAAAAUGAAACAAAAGCUAAAGAAAUAUUGACAUUUCUUAAACAAGAAUUAUCAAAUUUUCCAUAUAUAAAAUUAUCAUUACAAGAAAAUUUAUUACUGAGAUCAAAAUCUCAAGAUUAUCUUGUUGAUUCAAAUUCUUCAAAUUCAAAUUUAAAUGUUACAUUAUCAUUAGAUAAUUUUAGAAAUUUUCAUAAUGAUCCAAAAAAUGAAUUUAAAAAUUUUGAAUAUAUUGAACCAGAACCUGCUCAAUUUAAUGUAUUAUCAGAUUUAUCAAAAUUAGGUAUAAAUGUAAGAGAUUUUAAUAGUGAUGAACAAAUUAAUGAAUUAAAAGAAGAUGAAAAAGAAGAUCAAGAAAGAAUGAUUCAAAAUAGAAAAAAUUCAAUAUCAAGAAGUAAUUCAUUAUCAAGAAAUAAUUCAUUUUCUCCAACUAGGCAACCUCCGGUAAGUCGACAACAAUCACCAGCUGCUCCUUCAUCUCCGAAUAGUUUUAAUUCAUCAAAUACAAAUACUACUACAACUGGUGUUGAAAGACGUAGAUCUACAAAGACUUUAUUUAAACCUGAAUUAAAAUUAAAAACAAGUGGAAAUGAUAUACCUCAACCACCAACACCUAUUUCUAAGUUUUCACCACAAAAGGAAGAUUAUCCUUCUUCACCUACUAUAACUUUAGAUGAAACUUUUUAA